AUGGCCACCAAUCUGACCUUACCCACCCCACCAUUCAUCCACGCCCCUGGGAUUGAGAAUCUUCGAGACGCCGGCGGUUACCCAGUCGAGAGCCAGAACGGCAAGGCUGUCCGCAGGGGAAUCCUCUUCAGGGCCGCUGACCCAACGCACCUCGACGAAGAAGGGGUGGCUAUCCUCCAACGCUUGGGAAUCACACAUAUUUUCGACCUCCGUUCUCUGGUUGAGCUGGCUAAGGGGAGGGAGCAGCCUAGGGAAUGGGAGGGCGCCCGCAGGAUACCCACGCCUGUGUUCCUUGACAAGGACUACAGCCCUGAGGCUCUUGCGCUUCGGCUCCGAAACUACAGUGUCGGUACAGAGGGUUUUGUGAGGGCUUAUGCCUCAAUUUUGUCUGGGGCCAUCAGCCCAGACAACGCUUACCGGCCCUUCCAGACUAUUCUUGAACACCUUGCCUCAGACCCAAACCCUCCAACACCGAUACUGAUCCACUGCAGCGCCGGGAAAGACAGAACCGGCGUAAUCGUCGCCCUCGUCCUUGCCCUCUGCGGCGUCUCCGACAACGUGAUCGCCCACGAGUACUCCCUCACCGAAUUGGGACUCGCCCGCCUCAAGGAGCCCAUAGUGGAAAGACUCACCGCACCGGGGGCGCCCCACGAGGGCAACAGAGCCGCGGCCGAGGUUCAGAUUGGAGCGCGGAAAGAGUACAUGCUGGCCACCCUAAGGUAUAUCAGACAGAAGUAUGGAAGCGUGGAAGAGUACUUGCUCCAACAUAUGGGGCUGAGCCAGGAGACCCUGGACAAGAUCAAGAAGAACCUGGUCGUCGACCUGGCGGAGGGAGAGGAAACGGUGCCGUGGGAAGGGAAUGAUGAGUUGGUUUCUGCCCAGAUUGCUCGUCUUUGA